GUGUGGAUCGUGUGGAUUCAAUGGAUUCAAUGAUCCGUAUCCGCACCAUUCGCACGUGAAGAACGCUACUGUGUUUAUUUUUGCGUAAAUUCAAUAACAUUCAAUUGAUUGGAAAAAAUGGCUGAUGAUUUUGACGGAGACGAGGUAGCGGAUGAGUUUGACGAUGUCGAUGAUGAUGAUAACAUUGAAUUGGAACCUCAAGAAGUUGACGAGGAAAAUAUAGAAUUGCUAGAAGCAGGUGAGGCCACAGGUGGAGUACAGAAAUCGAAAAGAAUCACCACGAGAUACAUGACAAGGUACGAGAGGGCAAGAGUGUUAGGGACUAGAGCAUUGCAAAUAGCCAUGUGUGCGCCAGUAAUGGUAGAAUUGGAAGGAGAAACUGAUCCCUUGCAAAUUGCAAUGAAAGAACUGAAGCAAAGGAAAAUUCCAAUAAUUAUUAGGCGUUAUUUACCUGACAACAGUUACGAGGACUGGGGCAUAGAUGAAUUAAUUAUAAUGGAUCAUUAAACAUUAUUAUUAAGUUGUAUAGCAUAAGUUAAUUAUUGAACACAACUCUCUACUCAUUGUUAAAUUUAAGAUCUAAGUAAGAUUGUAAUAAACAUUUUACUAAAGUACUAA